GUCUUCAGCAACAGACUGAGAGAGAGACACAGAGAAACAUUAGAGGACGAGUAGAGAGAGAGAGUUCAGACAUUGGACGAGUCCUCACAGACAGACACAGAUCUCAGCGUCGGCUCUUCCGUCUCGUCACCAUGAGGUUUGAGGAGAUCCUUGACGAUGUUGGCGGCUUCUCCAAGUUCCAGUUCCUGCUCCUGUUGAUCCUGUGCCUCCCCCGCGCCAUCCUCCCCCUCCACUUCCUCCUGCACAACUUCGUCUCUGCGACACCUCCUCACCGCUGCGCCCUCGGGACCCCGGAGGAUGGUGACGAGGUGUCGCUGAGCUCCGACCCCGAGGCGCUGGCCCUCAGGAUCCCGCGUCAGGACGAUGGCUCCUUCAGCUCCUGCAGAGUCUAUGACCCCCCGCUGACCUUUGACCUCAGCCAAGGAAACAGGACGGCACCUUGUCCACAUGGCUGGAUCUACGACCAAUCGCAGUUCAGCUCCACAACUUCCUCAGAGUGGGAUCUGGUGUGUGACGACAAACAGCUGAAUCAAGCUCUCGCCACCUACUUCUUCCUCGGGGUCACGUUUGGAGCCAUUCUGUUCGGACAUCUGUCUGACAAGUUUGGUCGUAAGUCGAUGCUUCUGGUGGCUUUAAUCUCUGCCACCAUGCUGGGUGUCGCCUCCGCCUUCUCCACCUCCUACGUCAUGUUCGCCGUCUGCAGAGCGCUCUGCGGCGUGGCCCUCAGCGGGAUGUCGAUCAUCGGCGUGGUCCUCGGUGUCGAGUGGACGGACGUGAAGCACCGGACCUUCACCGGCACCGUCAUGAGUUUGUCGUGGAGCGCGGGGAACAUGCUCCUGGCCCUGCUGGCCUACUCCAUACGAGACUGGAGACACCUGACGAUGGCGGUGACGGCGCCCUGCAUCGUUGCCAUCAUCUCCUGGUGGUGGCUGCCGGAGUCGGCCCGCUGGCUGCUGGCCAACGGCAGAGCAGAGGAAGCCAAGAAGUAUCUGGUUCAGUGCGCUAAAAUGAACGGGAAGAACGAAUACACAUCCAAACUGGACACCGAGGAUCUGGGGAAGGCGACUGUGUCUGAGGUGAAGAACCACUCCUUCCUGGAUCUGGUCAAAACACCCCAGAUGAGGAAGAUCACCCUCUGUUCCGGAUUGUUCUGGUUUGCUGUUGCCUUCCUGUACUACGGUAUCAGCUUCAAGAUCUCAGGUUUUGGCGUCAGUAUCUACCUCACACAGUUCAUCUACGGCGCCAUCGAAGUUCCCGCCAAAAUCCUGACCUUCUUCAUCCUGGACUGGAUCGGCCGGCGGAACGGCCAGGCGUGGUUUCUGAUCACAACGGGAGCUCUGAUUGGAGUAAACACGGCCAUACCUUUAGAGUACUCGGUGCUUCGUACGUGCAUCGCUGUGGUGGCGAAGGGUUUCUCAGAGGCGGCGUUCACCACAGCGUUCCUUUACUCAGCGGAACUCUUCCCAACCAUCCUCAGGCAGUGUGGUUUAGGCUACACCUCGUGUGUCUGUCGGAUCGGGAGUUCCCUGGCUCCGAUGAUCAUGCUGCUGGAGGACGUCUGGCUUCUUCUGCCGCCGCUGAUCUUCGCUGGGACAGGGAUCGUCAGCGGCAGCUUGGUCUACAUGCUCCCAGAGACGCUCAACGUCUGUCUGCCUGAAAACAUCUUCGAUGUCGAGGAGGGCAGACACAGACAAAGUGAUGCAAACAGAGACGCAAAGAUGGAGCUGAAGAAAAUAAACUCUACAGACUCAACAGCCGCACAGGACAACUGAUGAGCUGCAGGAACAGCAGUGGAAAUGAGAGUUUGUUCCUGGUGGUCCUGGUUGGUUAAACGAUGAAUUGUUGCUGCAGUCUGUGUGGAGUCUGCAGACGGAUGUGGAUGGAUCGGUGCUUUUUGAUUUUCCUUUUGACCUCAAAUGUAUGUUAGAAUAAAAAUGUACUGUGUGUUCAGGACAACACAGCAGACAGAAUUUGUCUUUUUAGUAUUUUGAGUCUUCUUUAUAGACUUGUUUUAAAGCCUUCUAGCUGCUGAUGAUACUCAGCUGUCAGUCAACUGACAGUGAGUAUUGAGUUUCAGGACUCAACUGUGUUACAGCUGAUGAAUUUUCACUUUGUACAUCUACUGAUAUAAAAUGAAGACUAUGCAAAUAAAUUUUUUUGUGUAUAUUUGUCUUCUUCACUUUUAGUCAUUUUCUGCUUUAAAAAACUAACCCAACAGUUUCUUUUCCUUUCAGUUUCCUUUAAGUUGGCAGUUUCUGCCAACUCUGCCCAUAAAGGCUGAUUAGAAACAACAAAAUCCCAGUUUUUACCCAGAAUGCAACGAUGUUAGCAAAAAAAGAAGAAAAGAAAGGAAGAAAGAGACCGACAGACAUUUUCCUCAAAUACUUCAUAGUUCUUGAUGAGCAGGAUAUUAGAUCAAAAACAGAACUAAUAGAGAGUGAAUAUUGGACACAAACACGACUCUGUGUCUGCUGGAUGUGGAAGAAGGCAGUUGUUUGCUAACAUGUUAGCAUCAACGACUUUACAUUACAUUGAUCACUUGUCACGUGUCUGUCAGUUUGUUCUGCUGCCUCUCGGUGGCCUAAACUCAACGAAUACAGCUUUAACUCAAUAAUGUGUGACAAAAAACUUCAAAUGGUAAAACAACUCUUCCGUAUAAUGUCUAAUAGGAACUGUAAAUAUAACCAGACUAAGACUCUGCUAGCAGCUCUGUGAGGCUGUACUUACACACAGCGGUGCUUAGAGCUAAAUGCUAACAUCGGCAUGCUAACAUGCUCACAAUGAUAAUGCUAACAUGCUGAUGUUCAGCAGGUAUAAUG